AUGUCGUCGUUUAAAGACAUCAGGGAUUUUGUUUUUGUUGAAAAUGCCCACGACAUGUUUGAUGACGAAGAAUUCUGCCUUCUCUAUGACUUUUAUCAGUCGAAGAAUCCGGAUUUUCCUUACAACUCGUACGCGUCGUUCGAUUUGGGGGAAAUGGAUCCUGCUGAGUGUAAUACCGAGUUUCGAGUCGAGAAAUGGCACAUUCCCUUGCUGGCAGACAGGCUACAGAUUUCCCCAACAUUCCAGUGCCCACAGCGUUCCGUUUGCGAUGGCAUAGAAGGGCUAUGUAUGCUACUGAAGCGACUGGCUUACCCCUGUCGAUACAGUGAUAUGGUGCACAGAUUUGCAAGGCUAGUUCCGGUCUUAAGCAUGAUAACAAACACUGUUCUCGAUUAUGUCUAUGACAGGCAUGGCCACAGACUAACUCAGUGGAACAAUCAAGUUAUGGACCCCAACCAUUUGCAGCAAUAUGCAGACGUAAUUUCAGCUAAAGGCUCUCCCUUGGACAACUGUUUUGGUUUUGUCGAUGGCACGGUUCGACCAAUAAGUCGCCCAGGACAGCACCAGAGGGCUGUAUACAAUGGACACAAGAGAGUCCAUGCAUUAAAAUUUCAAUCUGUUGCUCUACCGAAUGGGUUAAUAGGAAACCUAUAUGGCCCAAUAGGU